AUGGGGCUUAUAUCAUCUGGAGAUGAGUACAAUCGUGAGGAGAUCAAGCUUUGGGAGAUAUUCCACGUGAGAGCUAUAGCUGAAUUUCCAAAGCCACAAAAUAUCACUGAUCUCAGGUCAUUCAUGGGUUUAACCAAUCAGCUUGGGAGCUUUUCUUCUGCGAUUGCAGCUGCUGCACAGCCACUCAGGGACCUGCUUAAACCUCGGAAUGAGUGGUGCUGGACCCCUCAGCAUGACGGGGCUUUCGAGAAAACUAAAGAAGCACUCAUAGCUCCUCCUGUUUUAGCUCAUUUUGAUGCAUCUUUACCUUACUAUGCUUCAAACUGA